AUGCUGACUACCUGCGAUCACCCUCUCAUCGACAAGUUGGAGAAUAUCAUAAAGCUGGAGGAUAACCCGACUAAAAUUAAUAGAGAUGGAAAAAUAUUAUUUGUAGACUACUUUCGGGAUCACCAGAAAAUCCAGCAUUUGAUCAGAUCGUCGUUAACUCCGAGUUGUUAUGACUACCAACUCAGUACUACAUGGUAUGGACCCUUGAUAUCAUUCGCAAAGGGGGAAAAAAUUAAAAGAUUAGAUGUGAGUGAUAGUUUUUUCAAGGAAAUAUUUCAAGAGGUACUCAAGAAUUCAACAUGCUUUUUCACAGACGGCUCUUGGUCUCCCAACUCCGUUUUUGGCAGUUUUGCCAUAGUAGGAGGUAGUGACAAUGUGGAGCUGGAGUUUCGGACUUCUAAAAUAGCAUCGAUCUUUACACUGGAAGGAAUGGCGAUCAUGGAGGCUUUGAAGCUAAUCCUCAAAUCUUCUCAAAGGAAAUUUGUGAUUUUCUCCGACUCAAGGAGUGUGCUGGAAGCUCUCGUCUCCAAUAAAUAUUUAGGUAAAAAGUCUUAUUGGCAAGGUGCGGAGUGUAUGGUGGGGACAGUUGAAUCGAUUGCAGCGAUCGCGGUGGUCAAAUUUUCGUUAAAUCAUGCUUGA